UGUUAUCACAGCACCACGUCGCGCUUUAAGCAUCUGGAGCAUCGUCGUGAAGAUGGCGUCCGGGUCGGCUUGGCAGCAGUACUACUGCCCGACCGGUCAGGGGAAAUUCAGCUCAUCGGCGGCGACCAGCAUGUCCUUCCAGACCGGCAUCACCAUGGAAUAUACCCAAGACCUGCACCUGAAGAUGAGCAAGAAGAUAGCGCAGCUAACCAAGGUUAUCUAUGCGCUCAACACGAAAAACGACGAACACGAGGCGGCCAUCUCCACUCUGAAGGAGGCCCACGAAGAGGAGGUGCAGCAGAUUCUGUCGGAGACCAGAGAGAAGAUACUACAGGUCUUUACGUUUGAUUACAAGAGCAAGAUCAGCGACGAGAUGGACCUGAAGAGGCGGAUCCAGUCUCUGGAGGAGUCCAUGGAGCUGCACGAGAGGAUGAAGAGACAGGCGCUGGCAGAGUUUGAGGGCUACCGUCAGAGGGUGGAGGACAUGCAGCUUUGCACCGAGGCUCAGCACACACAGCGGGUGGUGUCCAUGUCGCGGGAGGUGGAGGAGAUGCGGCGGUCCUUCGAGGAGAAGCUGCGCACGUUCAGCCAGGCCCAGGCCCAGUUUGAGCAGGAGAAGAGGGCGGCUCUGGAGGAGCUGAAUGGCCAGCACCGGCAGGAGGUCCAGGAGCUCCUGCGCAGCCACCAGAGUCAGAACGCCGACUACAGUAAAGACCAGGAGAAACUGGGGCAUCUCCAUAAAGCCGAGGUGGAGUCGAUGACGGAGCGGGUGGAGGAACUCAAACAGGACAAGAAGAGACUGGUGGAGGAGUACGAGGCCAAACUCAGCAAGGCUCAGGCCUUCUACGAACGCGAGCUGGAGGGCAUGAAGAGAACUCAGCAGCUGACCGCCGACAACCUGUUGGCAUGGAAACGCACCGAAUCCGAGCUGCGGCGGGAAUUCCAGACUCAGGAGGCGGCGCUCCAGAAGACCCUCGGAAAACUGAGGGCCGAGUUACUCCGGAUAACGGAAGAAGCUCGGGAAAACCGGGAGAAGUCCCACCGGCUUCAGGCCUCCCUGACCACGGCCGAGAGCAGCGUCAAGGACCUCACCAAGCAGCUGGACGAGGUGACCCAGAACUCCGAAAUUGUGGAGAUCCGUCAGAAGGAAGCCGAGUGUGAACUCGAGGCAGCCAGAGACCGAGUUCAGCAGCAAGCCACUGAAAUCCUGCUCAAAGCCAGUCAGAUCAGCAGCCUGCAGGCCACCCAGAUGACCCAGGAAGCAGCGAUCAGGGACGUGGACAACGAGCGCAGCCGGCUGAAGGACAAAGUGCUGAGGAUGGAAGAGGAGAGGGAGUCCCUGCAGAGCCAGAGCCGAGCCCUGGACGAACGACAGAAGCAACAGCUCCAGUCCCUGGAGAAGACGCUGCGUGACGAGAAGUCGUCCCACGAGAGGGACAUGACCGACAUGCAAGGUCGAUCCGAAGAGGAGGCCAGCCAGAUGAAGGAGAGCCAGGCCCGAGCCCUGGAGGAGAUCUCCAAGAAGCACAGAGUGACCCUGGAGAACGCCCUCAACAACGCGGAGAAGGAAAAGAACCGCAUGCUGGCCGAGCUGGAGCAGCAGUUUGAGAGGGAGCGCCUCUCGCUGGAGGAGCAGAAGACGACUCUCAGGCAGCAGCUGGCCGAGCUGAGCGAGGAGCUCAACUCCAGACUCGCCGAGGCCAGCCGAGAGUUGAUCCGGCUGCAGGAGGAGGUGCAGCAGGGGGAGCAGGACGUCGGGAGGGCUGAGGGACAGAUCUCCACACUUAAGGAGGCGCAGGACAAACUGCUGGAGGAGCUGGACGCCACCAGGGCCCGACUGAGGGAGACCAGCAACCUGCUGACCGCUCUGCAGGGAGAGCUGGAGAUCCAGAGGCGUCAGCAUGAAGCCAAACUCAUCACCACCAAAGAAGAAGAGAAACACAAGAUGGACAAGAUGGCUCUGGAGCUGGAGCUCAAAUGGACCGAAACACUCAGGCAGGAGUGUAAGAAGCUCCGCGAGGAGCUGAGAGAGGACCACGUGGAGGACAAGGCCGCCGCGCUGAGUCAGCUGGCACAAAGCAAGGAACAGGAAAUGAGCAACGCCAGGGAGAGCUGGCAGAGGAAAGUGGAGGACCUCCUGGAACAGAUCUCCCUGUUGAAGCAGAGUCUGGAGAUGCAGCUGUCCCAGUCGCAGUCGUCGCUGCAGCAGCUGCAGCACCAGUUCAGCCAGGAGAGAGAGCACCUGAGGAUGCAGCUGGACGAGCUGCAGACGGAGCACCAGAGGCGGCAGCAGCGUCUGCAGGAGGUCCACCGCUGCUCCGUGCAGGACAUGGAGCACGCCAGGAAGAGGGACCUGAAGGAGUUGGAAGUGCGCCUCCGCCAUCAUCACCACGCAGAACUGCAGUCUCUCAGAGAGGCUCACCGCCAGAGCAUCGAGACUCUCAAACAGCAGUCGGAACAAGAGCUGCAAACACUCCGCUUUGAACUGGAGGACGAGGGCAAAGCCAUGCUGGCCUCUCUGCGAUCAGAGUUGAACCACAUCCACGCGUCGGCCAUCGAACACCUGAGACAAACCCACCAACAGGAGUCAGCUGCUGCCAAGCUGGAGCUGGAGAAAACCCUGGAGAACAACCGGACACAGGAGCGGGAGCUGUUGGGCCGGAUCGCCGAGCUGCAGGAGGAGGUCUCCAGGAGGAAGAACCACAUCGCUCAGCUGGACCACCAGAUCCACACGCUCAACGAAAACAUCAGCACUCUGACUAAAGAGCUGGAGCUGAAGGGCAAGGAGGUGCUCAAGAUCCGCAGCGAAGCCAAUCAGCAGAUCAGGGCUCACGAACAAGAGUUGACGAAGAGGCACGAGAGAGAGCUCGCCGAAAUGAACGCCAUCCACAGCCGGGAGACGCAGAACAUGCUGUCGGACUUCAACAAAGCCCAGGAAGUGCUCAAGGACAAGAUCUCCGCCCUUCAGAUACUGCUGGAGGGAACCGAGGACAAGUUCAGGAACAGGGAGAGUCGCCACGAGGACCUGAAGGUCAUUGCCGAGCUGAGGGCCAUGGUGUCUGAGAGAGAGUCUCUGGUCAAGAAGCUGGUGGACGAUAAGAAGUUCUACCAGCUGGAGCUGGUCAACAGGGAGACCAACUUCAACAAAGUGUUCAACGCCAGCCCCAACGUAGGAGUCAUCAACCCGCUCAUUAAGCAAAGGAAAAAGAAUGAGAAAACAGCCGCCAGCCGAUUCAGCAGCUCUCCCAAUGUCAGGGCUCUGGAGGCAGCCGGUAUGGGCGUGGCAGGUUCAGGAAGUGGGCAGCCCCCACUGCCCCCACCCCCGCCCCCAGCCCAGCCCAGCCGCCUAGAGCCCCUCCCCAACUCCCCCCUCCACCACCUUGAACUCAACUCCAACAAACCUCUUCCCCCGCCGACCCCUCCUCCCACCGAACCCAAGAAAUUCAUGAGCCCUCCUGAGACGAAGGACCCGUCCAUCGACUCCCCGGAGGCCCAGCGCCAGGAGUGGUUCGCUCAAUACUUUUCCUUCUGAUCGGCCACGAAGCUGCAGACACGAGGAUCCAGCAUGUCGACCAAAACGUCAAGAACUAAACAAACAAAAAAGACAAAGAGAAAAAAGUGUUUAAAACUAUUUGUUUUUUUAUUGCGUUGAGAGGUUUUUUGUGGGGGGGGGGGGCGUCAAUUCACUUUGUGGUCCGUCAACUGAAGCUGUGGUCCGCGGGGUGAGACCCGGCCGUCAGACGUCACCACUCGGGUCGGAUCUGAUUGAUUGUUUGAUUAUCUCUGAUUGUUUCACUGUGGACGAGUUCCUCUCUUGUGACGAUGAUCAUCAGUAUGUUCGAUGUUUAUUUGAUUUCUUGACUUCCUAACUUGUUUUGCGGUUUCUCGGAACUAGGAAAUAAACCAGUGAUGCAUUUUCAUGCUGCUAAUUGCCAUUGUUGGACUACAGUAAGAAAUAUAUCUAUAUAAAGAAAUAAACGGUAGGCUAUUGUGCUCUUUCUUUCUCUCUCUCUCUCUCUGUGGGCCCACUGCAUUCAGUAUCUUAGACUAGGAGCGCUGAUCUAAGACCAGCUUGCCUCCUCAUUUGUGGCGACAUUUACAUGGGACCUGAUCCUAGAUCAGUCUGACUCCUCUGACAUGCUCCAUGAACACAGGCUCUGAUUUUAGGACGUCACCAUCAUGGCAAGUUUGUUACAGCUGCAUAGCAGAUUUUGGUAGAAUAUUAAAAACCUGUUUGUAUGGUUGUCUGUCUCAACACAGAUAUAAUGAUGUCUCACCAAUUUUAAAAACAAAAAUAGCAUAUUUUAUAUUUAUAUUAUAAUGUGUAUGCUUAAUAAAUAAUUAUUGUGACAUUUA